AUGAUAGCGGGCAAGCUGCGGCCCCAUCUCUACGGCAGUCUACUUACUCCGGAGGACGCCAACCGUGAAAUCAGCCUGGCACUGGCUUCCCCUGCAGUCAAGAUACCAGGAUGUGAGCCGGCUGAAGGAAGAGGCCCCACCAAAUUUCCUUUCACCAAUGCCUACUUCAUAGCAUCUGUGUUGGACCCAGCAUUUGGCUUCCAGCGGCUAGAACAUGAUGUGCAGCUGGACAGUGACGUCAAAGAUGUGCUGAAGACUGAGAUCAAAGAGUAUAUAAAGGCAGAGGGUGACAAGCAAGCGGUAUCAACAGCAGAUGCAGCGGAAGCAACAGGACCAGGGGAAGGUGAACUUUCAGAGUCUCCUCCUGAGAAGCAGUUGAGAAUGUUCUCCCACUAUAGGAGGACUCCCUCCUCCACCGAGAAGAAGCCGUCUGGCCAGGCUCAGUUGACUGCAUACCUCAACUUGAUCGCUGAGCAGGACUCUGACUCAGUCCCGUGCCUCAGGUUUUGGCAGCAAAACAAAUCCAAAUUCCCUACCCUCUAUCAGAUUGCCACACAGGUAUUCUCUAUCCCUACCUCCAGUGCACCCAUUGAAAGGGUAUUUAGUCAUGGAGGCAUUUUGAUGAGGCCUCACCGUGCAAGGUUGAGUAGUUCCAUGCUGUCAGAUCUUAUGUUUUUGAAAUGAGACGUGUAUGCUUAAAACUAGUGCCACCAGCCUUUUGUUCCUAACUAUUCCUGAGAGACAAUGUCUUUUGACUAGUUUUUAUGAAUGUAUUGUAUGCUGUGGAACUUACUUCUGCACACUGUUUCCACCAUUUGCUAAUAGCAUGCUAUUCACAGCUAUCAAAUGUGUUUUGAAGCACAUCCAGUGUUCAGAAUGUCAAAGAAAUUCAGACUGUUCUAAAAAUGUGUGUGUGCGCGCAUGCUUGCGCGUGCAUGUGUGCGAGUGUGUGGGUGUGCAUUUGUUUGGCUAUCGUGUCACAAAGUAAAUA